AUGUCUAGCCCUGUAAUUAUCGUGACCGGUGCUUCUCGAGGAAUUGGACUUGCUACCGUCCGAUCUGCAUUAUCACUUGGAUGCCGUGUAGUUGGAGCAGGACGCUCAAAGAUUACUUCACUCGACGCUUGGAAGGACUUGCUUCAAAAAUACCCUACAGAAGCUUCCUACAUUGAAGGAGACUUGUGUGAACGUUCAGUUGCUCAAGAAAUCGUCAAACAAACCGUCUCCAAAUACGGCAAAAUCGAUGGUGUUGUCUUAAACGCUGGUGUCGUCGAACCAUUUGCAAAAGUCAAAAACACAGACAUUGAAGAAGCCAAACGAUGUUUCGACAUCAACUUUUUCAGUGUCUGGACUCUUAUUCAGGAAACUUUACCUGAAAUGAGAAAAUCUCACGGCAAAUACAUUAUCGUGUCCAGUGGUGCUGCAGCUCACGCUAUAGAUGCCUGGUCAGCGUAUUGCUCAUCCAAGGCUGCCGUCAAUAUGUUGGGAUUCUGUCUCACGAAUGAAGAAAAAGAUGUGAUUUGUGUAUCAAUUAGGCCUGGUGUUGUAGACACUGAUAUGCAAAAGACUAUCAGAGAGCAGGGAUCUGUUGCAAUGGACGGACCGGUGCACGCCAUGUUUACUGGAUUAUAUGAGUCUGGAAAAUUGGUAAAAGCUGAAGAUGCAGGAUAUCAGCUUGCUAAGCUCGUCAUGGAAUGUCCGGCAGAUUUGAAUGGCCAAUUCUUGGACUAUAUGGAUGAGAAACUCGCUGCAUUCCGCAAAUAG